AUGACAGCUACUCCCCUAGGCCCAGGCUGGGCCGCAACCGACAGUCUGAAUGCCCGCGCCAACAAGGCUCACGAGCAAAUUCUCACCGUCUGGGUGGCUCUUCUCUCACGCCGGGCUCAAGGUGACAGUCUAGAUCGGGCAAUCACUUGCUCCAUCGAUACAAAAUUCCUUGCACACGGGAUGAACAAUCUUGUGCUACGGGUCGCCUUCUCCGACAAUGUCGAUUGGAUAGCGAGGAUUCAGCACACGCCCGCGGAUCCGUCUCAUGCCCAAGAGCACAAGAUAAGCAUGCUGAGUGAAAUCGCAACAAUGAAAACACUCAAUAUCCGUACGACUAUACCAGUGCCACGAGUCUACGCCUUUGACACCUCUCCAGCAAAUGACUUUGGCUUCCCUUGCCUCCUGAUGGAGCAUCUGAAGGGUCGGAUCCUCAGCUCAACCAUUGCGAGCGAAGUGCCGGCUAAAUACAUAACACAUGUUGUGCGUCAAUUGGCAAACGUCUUGUUCCAGUUGGAAAACUUGACUUUUGAUGAGCUUGGGCGAAUAUGGUGCGGUGAAAACUGCAAUGAGCCACCACGGAUCAUCCCAUACGAGUGGGAUACUGAUUCAUUGGCCACGCCACGCACCCAGACAUCCCUGGAGUGGUUCUACGAGCUCAGACAAGAACAAAACCGGCAGGCUCUUGAAAAACAUGCCCAUGACGCAGAGUGGAAGGCCGCCUGCUGGGUUUUGAAGACGGCCAUCUCGCAUAUCGUUGUCGAGGACAGGGUUCGCGGACCUUUUCCUCUCUGCCACUUCGACCUUCACUAUGGAAACCUCUUAUUCGACGACCAGUACAACUUGACGGGUGUCAUCGAUUGGAGUCGGACUGCUACUGCACCGUUGGAGCGUCUGGCUGUUUCACCUGAGUUUAUCACAUUUCCCGCCUUGCCGGACCAAGAAAACCAGGUCAUUAUUGACUUUAGAGACGCUGUUCGCGGCUGCUUGCGAGAGUUUGAGGAUGAGGGGAGGAGGUCAAUGCCGUCUGACGCCCAGAAAACAACUCUUUCCGACAUUCUCGGCACUGUACAGGCUGAAAUUACUCACCGGUGCACCUAUAGCCGGCCGCAUCGCGCGGUGUGCGAUGCUCGGUUGGUGUCUGCUCUAGUCUAUGGCACUCACGUAUCAUGGGAGCAACUUGUUGCUGUAUACGGAGGGAUCAGCCCGUACUAA